AUGUCAAGAGCUGACGAAGGAAGGUUGAUUCAUUUAGCAAAACGGAGAGAACGAGAAAAAGAAGACCACGAAAAACAACUGAAGAAACUAGAAGAAGACAAAGAAAAAAGUGAGAUUUAUAAAUGUUUUCAGCCUGACAAUUUAAUUUAAAUGUUUCAGGCAAGAUGGGAAUUUCGGGAAAAUUUACCGCAAAUUAUGAUUCUGUUCAAGAAACAAUGCGGGCACAAACCUAUGGAUUGUUGUCACUUGAUGAUAUGAAAAAUUUACAAAAAAAUGCGAUUUCGAGUAGAGAUUUACAAGUGGCGCGCGGUGACUCAAGCACAUCGCAGCUUCCGGAAAAAUCGGUCAAUACAGAAAAAGAUGAUCUCGUUAAACAACAUACCCAAGUUAGUUGAUUUGAAAUAGGCUGGUAAAAUUGACAAAAAUGUCCACCAUAAAACCACCUCAAAUUUUUGAAUAAAAUGGUGCCUGAUUGCAAUAUCUUUUAUUUUUAGAAAUGGCCGAGUGAAAUAUUGCAAAAAAAAAUGUUUUUUUUUGAAUAAUAAUAAUCUCCGUGAACUAAAACACGUCUAAGAAUGUAUGCAAACAUAUAAGAAUUUCCAAUUCAUGUGCCUGCCUUCUUGCAUUUUUGUAAAUAUAUUUUUGCUAGUCUAUUCCCAAUACUUACUUUGAUACUUUGAUGAAAUGCAAAAAUUUAAAUGUAUCUUUCUAGAAACGCGUUUUAUCAUUUGCUCAAGACGAUGAAGAAGACGAAGAAGAAGAACCUGUAUUUAUUCCUAAAAAGCGAUUAGGAAUGGAUCCAACUGUUGAUACAAGUUUUCUACCUGACAAGGAAAGAGAAGAAGAAAUUCGAAGGAAACGAGAAGAAUUGGCAGCAGAAUGGAGAGAAAUGCAGGAAGUUGAGAAAAAUGAAGAAAUUACAGUUGCAUAUGCCUAUUGGGAUGGAUCUUCACAUCGGAAAAAUAUGAAAAUUCGAAGAGGAAAUACAAUUGCACAGUGUUUGGCGAAAGCUAUUGAGGUCAGUAUUGAAAUAUGUAUUUCUGUCAUAAAUUAUGUUUUUUUUUCCAGGCCUUGAAAAAAGAAUUUUCGGAACUUCGUAACUCGACUGCUGAAAAUCUAAUGUUUGUGAAAGAAGAUCUUAUAAUCCCCCACUUCUACACAUUUCAUGAUUUCAUAGUGACAAAAGCAAUGGGAAAAUCCGGUCCAUUAUUCAUUUUCGAUGCUGCUUCCGAUGUCCGGAUACGACAAGAUGCUGCUUUAGAUUAUGGAGAAUCACAUCCGGCUAAAAUUGUGUUGAGAAGUUGGUAUGAGAAAAAUAAGCACAUAUAUCCGGCAUCGAAAUGGGAACCAUUUGUGCCAAGCAAAAAGUAUGGAAAAGAUUUUGAUGAUCUCACUGGUAUUUGA